GGUACCUUGGAUCGGAUUAUUGUUGACAUUGCCAAAAUUUUGAAAAUUGUCAUAUUGUGAUGGGAAGAAUUGGAGGUUUUGAGGUUGCUGUUGUUGCUGUUGAUAGAAGGCCAUUUCAAAAAUAACUUUUUCUAAUCAAUUACGUCUUUUAAGGUGGUCUUUGAUAAUGUACCUGGAUUCAAUUUGUAUUGUUGUCAAAAAGCUCAAAACGAAAUUCGAAUUUUGAAGCAAUUUCGCGAAUCAUUAUGUAAUUGAUUAUGUAAAGUUACCCUCGGCAAUAUUCGCGAAUGCGUGUUGCAAAAGAAAAACUGAUUUUUUGGCGUCGCGUCGUGCAGUUUUUGGCUAUGAAUAAACAUAUUGGACUUGAUCAAUAACUAGAACGAUAAAAAUAGUGGUUUAUUAUGAGUGAUUUCAUAUAUACAAACGUUGAAAGAGCAUUGCUGCAAUACAUUAUAUCCGUUGGCAGUGCCAGAGAGGAGUCUUUGACCUCAGUCCACACCAAACUCAAACAGACAGAUGAUGAAGAUUUAGCCUUAAUUGAUGGUUUAAAAGAAAGAAGAUUAGAUGAAACAAUUGAAAAAAUCAAUGAUAAAUUACAUUUAUUAGGUUAUGAAAUUGCAAAAGCCAAAAGUCAAGAAACACAAGAAAUCAACUAUGUUUUCAUAAAUACCAUAGCAGAUGCUCCUGCAAAGAUUAGUACAACUCAUUCACCAAAAGAAAUUGAAGUUAUUAAAAAAAUUAUUGAAAAAAUCAUAGUGGAAUGUGAAGAUGAAAGUUUCGUUAUAACGAGUUCUGAAGCUUUGAAAAUUUGUUCAAGAUCUGCUCAAUUAUCAGCUUCUGAAGGUGAACACUUAUUAAGAGAGUUAGUAAAUGAAGGUUGGUUAAAUCGUUCAAAUAAAGGUAGAUAUUCUUUAUCAAUUAGAGCAUUAACUGAAUUGAAAAGAACAUUGAUUGAUAAAUAUGGUAUAAGGUCCAGAACAAGUCCCGAAGGUCAUGUUACUUUAUGUACAGGUUGUAAUGAAAUUGUUACGAGUGGUGUUCGUUGUUUUAGUGAUAGUUGUUUUAUUAAAUUUCAUUCGGAAUGUCAAGGUCAUUAUUUUAGAGCAAAAGGUACGAAAUGUCCAAAUGAUGAAUGUACUGUUGAUUGGGCUGAAGAUGGACCAAGACCUGUUGGUGAAAAAAGAUUAAGAUCAAAAUUAUUAACUUGA